AUUUUAAAAAAACUCAGAUUCUUAAAAAUGCUUUUGGUAAAACAAAACAGUAUUCAUAUACACUUUCAACAUUAGAAUAUCUUAUUAAAAAAACAGCAGUAUUUCUUAUUUAUCAUUUUCAAAAAGUAUUUGCUAUACAAGAUCAAAGCUAUUUUAUUAAACAAAAAUGUUAUCCUCUUUAUAAAUUGGCUACUCUUGAUACAAUUGUUGAUAUUAAAUGUUUAUCUGCUAGGUUUAAUACAACAUAUCCACCUUUGCCCAAUAAUUGUGAUUUUU